AUGGAAGGGGCAGACGCACCACCGUUGAAGGAAAAGAAGGGCUUGAAAACGGUUUGGAACAGAAUUAAGGACUUCUUUAGAGAGCAACCCACCGCUGCACAACCGGCUGUGUCUGCCACUAUUACACCAUCUGUUCCCGCACCUCCUGUCGCUCCCCAAAGGCAAGCGGCUGAGGAGACUCCCAAACCGUCAGUGAGAUCAGAUUUCCCUGAGAGAUCCUCGCUAAACCUUGACAGGGCAACUCCAAUCGAGCAUUCACCUGAACAAGAAACCGUCAAAAUAGACAAAGAAAGAGAUCAGCCUAUCGAGCCUGGCUCGACAUCGUCACAAGAACCUGUUGAUACCAAGGACGCAACAGCCGAGUCACACAUGCGGUUCACUAAAGCGCAAGCCAUCUUUGCCCGACACAACCUAGAACUAGAUGAAACAGAAUGGGAACCGAGGUACAGAGGCCCACCAGAAAGGGUGUACAAGAACAUACGAAUGAGAGUCAGAUACACCUGUCACAAUUGUUCGACGACGUUUGGGCGCGAUCGAGUCUGCGUGGGAUGCCAACACCGACGCUGUUCUCGAUGCUCACGAUAUCCGCCGAGAAAAGAUCGGACGAAACCAUCACAAGACCCGACAACAGCAACUGAUCCCUCGAACUUUGUGACCGAGGCUCCUCGACCCGGGGCUGAAGGUGGAACGUGCCAUGAAUGCCGGACUGGGUUCGAGGCAGAUGCUGAAGAAUGUCCCAACUGCCACCACAAAAUUUGCGAAAGAUGUCUGCAUGAAGCCACCAUUACAGUCGACCCGAGUCACGCAACCGGCCAGGAAGCAUCUCAAGCCGAACAGGUGACUGAACAAAGGAAACCCACUCUACAAGACUCGCCCUCUGGUAGCUAG